UACAAGGUGCGCUUGGCCAGCGUCCGUUGUUCUUGUUAUCAACCACCAAAAUUAAAUCCUCUUCCUGUCGACCACCUCGUCAGCUAUUUACACAUGGGGGAAUACGAGGCCCAAGUUUUACAUCCUUCAGGACCUAAUAGUGGUCAGAAUAUGACAAAGGUGUUCUUCAUUCCUGCCCUGGACAAUGACAUGCAAAGGAGGAGCAUCCUCAAGAAAGUUCAGGAAGGCUUAGUUAAAGAGAAAGAAAGUUUGCAGUGUGAGGUGAAGUACUUGGCUCAGGCAGGGUGGGAAGGCAUAGGUCAAGUGUCAAGCCUGACUGGCUAUGUCAUAUCCUUGUGCAGGAAACAUAACAUUUUGUUCUCAGAACGUACCAUCCUGCUAUCCCUGCAAGAUCAGUAUCAGGCCAUUCAGCUGUGUUUAGCGAGAUCAAACAAAAAUAAACAUGGAGAAUUCAUGGCAGCUGCAAGUGAUGUGAUGGAUGUUUGGCAGGAGUUAUAUAGAGAUACUUUAGAGACCAAAUCCGAAGACGAGGAAGACUUGAAAAUUCCCAGUACCUGUACUCAAAGUAAAAGAUGGGAUCCAGUAACUCGAGAAAUGAAGGAAAUUGUACAGGAUUAUUGUGAAUUUAUGAAGAACUCAGGGUGUUUGGACCAUUUUAUGAUCUACACUUGUUUAAAGAAAAACAUUAAAAGGCACCAGGAACUCUGCAAGGAUAUUUUUUCUAAGGUUUACCUCAUUGAGAGUGUGAAUCAAAUAUCAGCUAUGGAAAGAGAACUAUUGAAACUAAUGCUGCAUGGUUCCCAGAUAUUUAAGGUGUCCACAGAAUUUCCUAUGACACAUGACGCUUCAACUGCCUCUUUAGACUUCAAUAUGUCAGGCAUAGUUGAAAAUGAUGUUCUACCUUCAUCAUCAGCAAGAGAUGAUGAUGAAGAACAGCUAAAUGAAUCACGCAAUCAUACAUAUGAUGAAGCAGUAAAUGUUGAAGUAGACAUUAUUGACAGCACCUUAACUGAUUAUGUUAAUGGUGUUAACACAAGUCCAUGCAAGAAUUUUAUUGCCAGUGAAUCGGAGUCUUACAUAGAGAAACUAAUAUUUGCACAUCUCCGGCUUCUGAUAAAUACUCGCGAUGAGAUGGCAUUUACUCUAGCUUGUAGUAUGCCAGGAAGAGAAAUUAAACAACAGGGCUUUACUGACAUAAGAGUUGAAGCUCAGAAGAAAAACAUGCCUAUGUAUCAGACGGUAUUGUCAUUCAUCAUGCGUCAGAGGCUAGGAGGGAAGGGCUACCAGACAGAGCCAAAUAAUCCAGUAUUACUCCAUGUUAAGCCUCUUGAAGAAUUUGUUGACUCCCUCAUGAAACUGCAGAACAUUGUAGAGGAAGAACCAAACCCAGGAAAAGCUGCAUUACAAAUUUUGUCGGCAAUUAAAUCCAUUCUGGUACGAAUGAGAGGCCGUGUUCUCAAACAGAGUGCUAUAGAGAAGGUGUGGGGCAGCCUUAACUUAGCCUUGAGUCAUCUGCUGGACAUGGCUCCUGAAGCAGAUGAACCUGAGACACAUAUAAAGCUGCAUCAGACAACUGGGUCUCUGCGACCGUGCCUCAGGCUCUUAAUUCAGCUGUGUGAUGAAGCUAGCGGCCAUUUUUCUGACACAGGGAUUGUGGAUGCACUGGGUGAGAACUAUUUGACUCAGUGCAACAGUUCAAAGAAAUAUUCCUCACCAAUCAGGAUCCCUACUGUGUUAUCACUCUUCAGAUCCCCAGCUGAAGCUGAAAACAGAGAUAUGGAAGUUGCAGAUGAAGAAGACUCUUUGCUGAAGCGAGUCAUGAAGAAAACUGGCUGUGGAGUCACACCUGCUUCAGUGCCUGAAAAGUACUAUUCAGGAUGUGCCUGGGCUCCUCAUAAUCUUUCCCCCAUAAACAAAGGAACAGUUAACUUUCCCUCAACCUCUCCGAUCAUUGGACCUACACUCAAGGCUAUGGGUAAAAAGAAGAAACCUGAUCAACACUGGAGAGAUAUUGUAGAGUCAGUAUCCCAGACACAGGAUGUGGAAGAGGAAAGAGUAAGUGAGUCAUCAUUGGUCAAGACUUCUAUGAGCAAGACAAUAAAUAAGAAGACAGUUAAUGAGACAACAAAAGAAAAGUGCAGCAAGAGAUCUCUACUGUCUGAUAUAUCCAAUGUUGAUAAGAAAUCAGAAAGUGAAAAAUUGAAACCUGCUAAGAAGGUUGCUAAGAGAAAUAACAAGAAGAAACCUCUUCCAAAAGACCAGAAGGCAAUCACGUCAUAUUUCAGGAUUUAUGUGGAAUGAAAUGUUGAAAGAUAUCAAGAGUAUUUAUUGUAUUGAAAAAUUAAUAUAUUACCAAUAUUGUGUAGAGUAAACCCAUUGAUGUGUGGGUGGGUGGAUUAGGCUACUGCUUGAGAGGUGAGCAGUGGUAAGUAUAGUAUGUGACUGAGCUAACCAGCAUGAAAUUUAAUUUUAUCAGCUUUCAGCAAAUAAUUAGUGACAUUUAUUACCAUGUACUUUACAGUAUUAUCAAAUCUGUCUUAUGAGACCCUACUGUAUAUUAUUUUUAAUGCAUUGUCUGUACAAUAAGUUCUAUAACUCAUUUCCUCGCCAAAACUUUUGUGUAUGCACAUUCACCAAUUAUCCCAGCAGUGUCACACUAAGAGUUUCAUUGUACUAUACAG